GCGGCGGGCGGUGCCGGGCCGAGCUCCGGCGGGCGGGGGCGCGGGAUGGAGGUGAUCAGGAGCAAUUUUAAGGAUAACCUAAACAAAGUGUACGAAGCCAUUGAAGAGUCGGACUUCCUGGCCAUCGAUGGAGAGUUUUCAGGGAUCAGUGAUGGGCCUUCAGUUAGUGCAUUAACAAAUGGCUUUGACACUCCAGAAGAAAGGUAUCAGAAACUUAAAAAGCAUUCCAUGGAUUUUUUGCUCUUUCAGUUUGGCCUUUGCACUUUUAAAUAUGAUGACACAGAAGAAAAGUAUAUAAUGAAGUCAUUUAAUUUCUAUAUUUUUCCAAAACCCUUUAACAGAAAUUCACCAGAUGUCAAGUUUGUCUGUCAGAGUUCAAGUAUAGAUUUUUUAGCAAACCAAGGAUUUGAUUUUAAUAAAGUUUUUCGCAAUGGAAUUCCAUAUUUAAAUCAGGAAGAAGAGAGACAGCUAAGGGAACAGUAUGAUGAAAAACGUUCUCAAGCCAAUGGUGCAGGAUCUCUGUCAUACAUUUCUCCUAAUUCCACAAAGUGCCCUGUAACAAUUCCUGAAGAUCAGAAAAAAUUUGUAGAGAAAGUAGUGGAACAGAUAGAAGACUUAUUAAAGAAUGAAGAAAGUGAAAGUUUGGAACUCGAGCCAUGUACAGGAUUUCAAAGGAAAUUAAUUUAUCAGACCUUGAGCUGGAAGUAUCCAAAAGGUAUCCACGUGGAAACUCUGGAGUCAGAUAAGAAGGAGAGAUAUAUUGUUAUUACUAAGGUGGAUGAAGAGGAACGAAAAAGAAGAGAGCAGCAGAAACAAGCAAAAGAGCAGGAAGAGUUGAAUGAUGCUGUAGGAUUUUCCAGAGUUGUUCAUGCCAUUGCUAAUUCUGGCAAGCUUGUUAUUGGGCACAACAUGCUGCUGGAUGUUAUGCACACCAUACAUCAGUUCUAUUGCCCCCUACCUGAUGACCUGAGUGAGUUCAAGGAAGUAACAUCAUGUGUCUUUCCCCGGUUACUGGAUACUAAACUGAUGGCAAGUACACAACCUUUUAAGGAGCUCAUUAAUAAUACAUCACUUGCAGAACUGGAAAAACGUUUAAAAGAGGUUCCAUUCAGCCCUCCUAAAGUUGAAAGUGCAGAAGGAUUUCCAAGUUAUGAUACAGCAUCUGAACAACUCCAUGAGGCAGGGUAUGAUGCUUACAUUACUGGACUGUGCUUCAUUUCCAUGGCUAAUUUCCUAGGUUCAUUCCUCAGUCCUCCGAAAAACCAUGUGUCUGCUAGAUCAGAACUCAUUGAACCUUUUUUUAACAAGCUAUUUCUUAUGAGAGUAAUGGACAUACCAUAUCUCAAUUUGGAAGGACCAGACUUGCAGCCUAAACGAGAUCAUGUUCUUCAUGUUACUUUUCCCAAAGAGUGGAAGACUAGUGACCUAUACCAGCUUUUUAGUGCCUUUGGUAACAUUCAGGUUUCGUGGAUUGACGAUACAUCAGCAUUUGUCUCACUGAGCCAGCCAGAGCAAGUACAAAUAGCUGUAAACACCAGCCGGUAUGCUGAAAGUUAUAGGAUCCAGACAUAUGCAGAAUAUGUGGAGAAAAAACAUGAAGAAAAACAGACCAAGAGAAAAUGUACAGAAGAUAGUUGGAAGGAGAUGGAGAGGAAGAGGUUAAAAACCCAGUGCACACCUUACGUUUCCCAGAGUCGGUACUACUGUGUUAACAGUUUUACAGGUACCAGUACAGUGGGAAAGAGAAGCAUGAGUCCUAUUGAGGAAGAAACUGUUUCUGAUGAUAUGGAAGAGGGAGAAGGCCAAGAUCCAGAAAAGGAUCAGACAGACUCCUGUGCAGAGUCCCUUCCAGAUGGCAAGAAGAGAGCCAAAAAGUUGAAAAAGAUCAAGACAGAGCAAGUUCCAGCAGGAAGCCUCACAAGUAGUUCCACUGGAAUUUUUGAGGUUCCUGAAACAUGGUAGGAAACAACUGCCUUAAAAGUGGAAUUGAUUGAAAGCAGUUGAGAGAAUACACCUCUUGGAAGCCAUACUUUAUUUAAAUAAAGUGGUGUUAACAAA